AUGCGAGCUGUGCCGGCAAGGUCUUUCUUCGGCUUCUCAGCUUUCAUGAACAUUUCUAUUGCGAGUGUGGACGAAGGUCCUCAUAGAUAUCGCAAGAACAUGGUGUACAGGAGUCUCCGGAGAUCAUCCAGUCAAAUCAUGACGAAUAUAAAAAAGAAAAUUUCUGACGCUGAGAAGUCUGUUCGAAAUCGACGUGCACUUCGUCCUUUGAAUGAGUCCCGUUCGCCAACUCCUCCUCAUGUUGCAGUGCGCGUUGUCGCACCCCUUCACGCCACUCACGGCAAGAACGUCUACACUACUCCAAAGGCAUUUGCAAAAGUGCUUAAAGGAUAUGAGUUCGACCAUGACAGUAAUCUACUGAGAACACCAAAGCAGACUCCUACCACAUCAGUUUACCCGAAGAAAGGUGGAAUGGGCGCACGAUUGCGUGAACUCGCACUUCGACGACCGCAAAAGAAGUCUCCCCGCUCCUUGUGUUCUCCAACCGAAGGUCGGUUAGCGAAACAGUUGGCUCGCGCAAAAAUUCGGGAAACUCAGUCUCCAAAAAUGGCACUGCUCAGUUCCACAGCAUGUGACGCAGAUCACAUUUCCAGUCGAUUAACUAAAGAAUCCACGAAAGGAGGAUUACAGCUUUUACAGUCUUGA